CAGCAGGCAGGACGGGGACGCGGACGCUCGCAAGCCCAGCCAACACUCAGCAAGAAUGGAAAUCCCUCCGACCCACUACCCGGCCGCCAGGGCGGCUUCGGUGGUAGAGAGCUGCAUCAACUACCAGCAGGGGACUCCCCACAAGGUGUUUCUGGUGCAGACAGUCAAACAAGCCAGCCUGGAGGAUAUUCCAGGAAGAGGACAUAAAUACCGCCUUAAAUUUUCUGUGGAAGAAAUUAUCCAAAAAGAAGUUACAGUGAACUGCACAGCUGAAGUACUGUACCCUCCAACGGGACAAGAUACUGCACCAGAAGUCAACUUCACAUUUGAAGGAGAAAUUGGAAAAAACCCAGAUGAAGAAGAUAAUGCAUUUUAUGAAGGACUCAAGUCCAUGAAGGAACCACUAGAAGCACAAAAUAUUCCAGACAGUUUUGGAAAUGUACCUCCAGAAAUGAAGCCAGUUCGACAUUUAGCCUGGGUUGCCAGUGGUUAUAUAAUAUGGCAAAAUUCUACUGAAAAUACAUGGUAUAAAAUGGCAAAAAUUCAAACUGUCAAGCAAGUGCAAAGAAAUGAUGACUUCAUCGAGUUAGACUACACUAUUCUUCUUCAUGACAUUGCAUCUCAGGAGAUUAUUCCUUGGCAAAUGCAAGUUCUCUGGCAUCCACAAUAUGGUACUAAAGUAAAACAUAAUAGUCGUCUGCCAAAGGAAGCACAAUUGGAAUAAACGAAGACCAUAACAUUGGAUUAAGUGUAAACAUGCUUGUUAACGACGACCUGUAUACCAGUCUUCAUUGAUAUCUAGCUUAAGGGGUUAGACAAAUCCCAGAAGUGUCAUUAUCAAUAAAUGGCCUGAUUACAGUACAGAACUAUAUCGCUUCCAUAAUAAAGAGCAUCACAGUGUAAAAGUGUCUUAUCAAG